AAUCAAGCGGACAAAAAGCAUUUCAUAAUGCAACACUUUGACAUACUGACUCACUCGUAGUAUUUUUUUUUGCAUUCUCUGUAUAAUCGUGAGAAUUUUGGAGAAUUUUGGUCGGUUUGGUUUUCCCUGGUAGCUUGUAGCAUUGACAUACCUUUACCAGUAGAUGGCGCCAAGUAGUGUGCGCGCUCCGCGCUUCAUUCUUUCAGCAGUGCUCGCACUGAAGGACCGCUAUUUUCCAAUAACAAUCCUUUUGUGCAUAAUUAAUAUUACGCAACAGUUUGUCAUAUUUAUUUCGUAUUAUUAUUAUCAUUACAACCGUGUCGAUUAGACAUGUCAGCUUAUGUUCAUUUUUAGAUUUGUGUGCAUUGCCUAAAAUAUUCCCUUUGGGGCCAGCGUUAAUUGGUUUAGUAAGGCCAAAUUGCAUAAUGCUUUAAAUUUGUCACCACGAACUUUAAUGAAUAUCAUGUGAUGGUUAAAGGUCCGCUCCUUCCCGGGAGGGCCGUCUUGGGGAUAUCAAACGAAAUCUCUUUGCCUGUAGUUACGCUCUGUGAUCCCAUUCUUAGACAUUUUACAGGAGCGAGCUGGUGGAGUUGUGGCGACCUCAAUCAGUCGCGUGCGACAGAACUUGAUCAGGAGGGUGACUGUGGUGGAUGAUAUGACCACUGCCACACUGCGCGCGUCCUCUCCACCUUAAACGAUGCGCAGCGCGUUCAACGGCAGUGUGAGUGGAUUACCGGGAUAAUUGCGAGGAUGGAAAUGAAGCAGAGUUGAAAUCCUGUUGCUUCUUGCCUAUUUGAAUCAUGGCUAAGAACACGUCGCUUUAUUUUCGUAUAGUUGAAGGACGGAAUCUACCGGCGAAAGAUGUGUCGGGCACCAGCGAUCCUUACUGCGUUGUGAGAGUGGACAAUGAGGUCGUGGCCAGGACGGCGACUGUGUGGAAGAAUCUGAACCCGUUCUGGGGGGAGGAGUUCACUCUUCACCUGCCCACAGGAUUCCAUGUGCUCUCCUUCUAUGUCAUGGAUGAGGACACCAUCGGCCAUGACGAUGUGAUCGGCAAGAUCUCACUCACCAAAGAGGUCAUUGCAGCUCAGUCAAAAGGACUGGACAGCUGGCUGAACCUGACGCGGGUGGACCCAGACGAGGAGGUGCAGGGGGAGAUCCACCUGGAGCUGGAGCUACAGCAAGAGGAUCAGCACACCUGUCUCCGCUGCCACGUCAUCCAGGCCAGUCCUGGAGGUGCAGCUGACAUUGAACAGCUGCACGAGAUCAGCCUGGAUGAGGCUGUGCUUGAUGUUGCGAUGCCUACUGCCCCAGAAGAUGAUGUGAGCGAUAUUCCAGACUCACACAAGGUUGAUUGUGAAGAUGACCUGGUUGGCAAGAGUGCCAGUAUUGUUUAUAAUGAAACCCAAAGACGCUACCACCUACCUCCAGUUGCCUAUACAGAGGUGCAGCAACCCAACAAGCCCCUGUUGAAGUACGGCAUGCAGGGAGGUGAUUUCAUGCUGGCCAUCAACAUACUGCUCUCCGGGAACAGUUACAGGAAGAUUGCCUUUCUGUUCAAGUUCAUGCAAAUGGGGAAGCGGGAGACGAACAGUAAUUCGGUGAUCAUGGAGAAGGACAUCAUUCAUAGCUUCAUUAGGACAAUGGAUGCACUUCUUCCAGAGAUCCAUGUUACCGAGGUGGUCACCGACGCACAUCCUCACAUCUCAGCAUUGCUCAAUCCUGAACGUGGCAAAUACAAGGCACAGGGUCUGAAGCAUUCCCUCGAUAUUUGGCAUGCAGCCAAGAAUUUGGGGAAGAAGAUCCGACGGGCUGGUACAGUGAGGGACCAGUCAGCCCUCCUGCCUUGGAUAAAGGACAUCGUAAACCACUUCUGGUAUUGUGCCAAGCAAGCCUCUUCUGAGGAACAGUUCAAGCUGAAGUGGCAUGCACUCCUGCAUCAUGUCCGCAACCAGCACACAUGGUCAACGGGAUGCUGUGAGCAUGAACCUCUAGGAGACAGAACCCAGGAGAAACCUUGGAUAAAACAAGGUUCAGCAGCUCACCAGGCUCUCACAGCCAUUGUAUUGGACAAGCGGUGGUUGAAGGAUGUGGGGAAGUUCAUUACCUUCAGGACUACGGCGGAUCUGGAGAAUUUCCAGAAUCACAUCCUGAUGUACGCUGGAAAGCGGUUUGCCUACAGUCCAGCAGUGUACCACACACGGACCCUGCUGGCGGCGAUCGACUACAACAGUCAUAAUCAUCGCCUUCCCGCGCGCAACAGACAAGGUCAAAAGAUGUACAGGCGCUACUACAAUAAGAAAUCAAAAUGCUGGAGUGUGUAUGGCCUGAAGGAGAAGAAGAACUAUGGGUACAUUACAGACCUGCAGAGGGCCAUUGUUCGGCACCCGACUGAGAAGUGGAGCUGGUCUUCCAAGGAGACAGACUCUCCGGCUCGAUGACCCUAGGCGCUUGGGUUUGCUGGCCGCUACACUGCAACCAUCCACCGCAGAACUGGUUCGGACUCAUGUUACGCGUGGGGAGGGUGUCCCCCAAAGUGAGCGCUGAGUGUGUGUGCGUGGUUGGGAUGGGGGGUGGGUGUGUGU